AGAGAAGGCGCGCCGCCUACUGAACAUUCGAAGAUGCGAGGCAGGACCAUGCUGGCGCUGCAGUUCGACGGGAAGGCGUCGCGCCUGGGGCUGAGGACUCUGUCUGUGCCGGAGCCGCGCGGCCGCGAGGUGCUGGUGAGGGUCGCCUUCUCGGGCGUCUGCGGCACCGACCUGCACGUCCUCAAGGGGGAGUUCCCGUGCAGGCAGUCGGGCGCCGUGACCUUGGGCCACGAGUUCAGCGGGGUCGUGCACGCCGUGGGCGCCCAGGUGACCACGGUGCGGGAGGGGGACGAGGUGGCCGUGAACCCCGACAGUGGCUGCGAUCGAUGCUCCUACUGCCGCAGCGGGAAGUACAACUACUGCGAUAACGGCGGCUCCAACAACGCCAUUGGCCUGUUUAGGCAUGGCGGCUGGGCUGAGUACUGUCUGGUCCCUGAACCACAGGUGCAUCCGCUCCCUCGUGGCAUGUCGCUGGAACAAGCAUCCCUGAUGGAGCCUCUGUCGUGCCUGUGUCACGGCUUGGACCUGGUGGGGCCCAUGCCGGUGGGGUCCGCUAUACUCAUCCAGGGGGCGGGCAUCAUCGGCAACCUGUGGGCCUGCGCGCUGCACCACCAGGGACACAGGAAGGUCAUCAUCAGCAAGCCGAGCGAGGCGCGCAGGAAGGCGCUCCGCAAGCUAGACACCGGCUGCGAGAUCGUCAGUCCGGGCGAGCUGCGGCAGAAGGGGCGCGACCCUGGCUGGGGCGUGGACUUCGUCAUCGACUGCAGCGGCCACGCGCCGGCCAUAGAGAAGGCCGUCAGCCUGCUCAGCUGCGGCGGGACGCUGUGCAUCUUCGGCGUGGCGCCGCCCGACGCCAGGAUCAGUGUCAGUCCUAAUCUGCUGUACAAGAAAGAGAUCAGAAUUAUCGCCGUGAACAACAACCCGUACAGCUCCGAAAAAGCUCUGGGAUUGAUCGGCGCGAUGGGAGAAAGGUACUUGGAUUAUGACAAGCUGGGAGUGCACACGUAUAAACUUUGCCAAUACGCCGCAGCGAUUGAAGACCUGCGAAACGGCACGAUAACGAAAGCAAUGUUUGUGAUAGAACAACCAGAUCUUAUUGAACGCUAACUUUUGUACCCUGCAAACAGUGUGAUGUUUUUUCCCUCGACAUACAGGAGGAUAAACAAAAUACGAUAGUUUUAAUCAGUUAAGUCAUUCUUCGUAACAGAUCAGUUCAGUACAAACUGAUUAACAUAGUCUAGUCGCGUUCUGUUGACCAAUUUAGGAAACCUUAUCUCAAUUCUACAUGAAUUUUCCGGUUUGUCCUUUUGUAUCGUGGAAAUAUUUUCUUUUCCACGGGCUUAAUAACUUAGUUGUAUACGCUGAUCUUGUGAAAAUAUGGUAUCACUAGAAAAAAAUAUUUUUAUAAUUUUUUUAUGAAUCACGUGAAACGGUAACUAAGCAUACUUUAGUAGUCACCAUCUUAAACGGUAACUAAGCAUACUUUAGUAGUCACCAUCUUAAACUGCAAUUAAAGCAAGAAGUUAAAGUCGUAAGGUGAGCUAACACAAUUUUCUUCCUAAUCGUAUGUUUGUUGAAGUGCAAAUUAUCUGUCUAAAAUUUUAAACACAAGUAAGCUAAUUUUCAAGAUAAUUUUAAUCCUCUUAUGUUAGUGCAAAUUCACUAUUGUCAACGAUAACCAAAUUAAACAUGUAAUAUUGCAGUAUAAAAGUAUCGAUUUUUUUCUCCUGAAACCCUAGUAAAACUGAUCGGCAUGAUAAGUUGUGUUAUAAUAAACAACUUUUUUUUUGUCGGGAAACCGAUUCCGGAGACAUCUGUUCCACGAAGCGAAACAUCGUAAGUGAACAGUUAUUAAUGCCUACCAGAUAGGCAGCCCGCGUUACGUCCAACACCUGCCUAAUGUCUACCUCUCCGAUCACCAGACUUAAAUGUCAUUCAUUCAGUGCUCAACCACUCGCGUGGAGAACUUCAUCAACUGUGUCUUGAGCGAACGCUAGGAGCCCAACCGGGUUAGGUACUCAUUUGGCAUUUUCAGGAAGUGUCCAGUCAUCGAUGUUCCAAUGUUUGUAAUCUGACUUACUGCCCGUAAUUCUAACACUACUGUAAGCUUGAGUGAUUGUGUGUUUAAUCUAAGAGAAAAACCUUUCAAUAUUGCAGAGCUUUUGAAACUGUUGGGGCUGCAUUUAUUUUAGAGGUAAAGCAUUAAGCAGCUGUUACCACCAUUAUGGACUAUCAGUGCGUCAGGCGUAAGAGGCUGUUAAAUAAAACCUAACAUCAAAACGAGGUAUUUAGAGGAAUACGUUUCCUCUACAGUAUUUUCUAAUUGGUAUAAAUAAGUAACACAUAAAAUAAUGUACUUCGCUUGUUCUUUUGUGUGAGUUACGUGUUUAUAUUGCUGUUAAAGAUUUGUAAAGAAAU